AAAUCAGCUCUCAUUCUUUCUCUCUCAAAUUCUUCGUGCUUCAUUUUCCUUAGUUCUUAAGUUUCUACAGUUUUGUUAAUAGUUUCUUCUUCUCUCUGAAAUUACCCAAUUUCAUGGUGAUCUUCUUCUGUUUCUUUCCGGAACGUCGUUUCUCAAACAGGUACUGCAAUCACCUUCCUCAGCCUGCUCAAUUCAUCAUUUCUGUGCAGAUUUUGUGUUGGGAUUGAAUUGUAGGUUUUGUGGAACUUAAUUGGUGUCGGUAGUUUCGUUUCGAAAUUUAGUUAAACAUGAGUGUGGUGGGGUUUGAUGUUGGAAAUGAGAAUUGUGUAAUUGCGGUCGUGAAGCAACGGGGAGUUGAUGUUUUGUUGAAUGAUGAAUCGAAACGUGAAACCCCAGCUGUGGUUUGUUUUGGUGAGAAGCAGAGGUUUCUGGGGUCUGCUGGUGCUGCCUCUGCAAUGAUGAACCCGAAAUCUACGGUGUCUCAGGUGAAGAGACUGAUUGGUAGAAAAUUUACUGAGCCUGAUGUUCAACAUGACCUUCGAAUUUUGCCCUUUGAAACUUCUGAAGCUCCAGAUGGUGGCAUUUUGAUUCAUUUGAAGUACUUGGGCGCAACUCAUACAUUUACGCCGGUUCAAGUUACAGCAAUGCUUUUUGCACAUUUGAAAGAUCUAAUAGAGAAGAAUCAGGAAAUGCCCAUUUCAGAUUGUGUGAUUGGUAUUCCAUCGUACUUUACAGACUUGCAAAGACGUGCAUAUUUGGAUGCUGCCACAGUUGCUGGGUUGAAGCCUUUGAGAUUGAUGCAUGACUGUACUGCAACUGCUCUUGGUUAUGGGAUUUACAAAACAGAUUUCUCAACUUCUGGUCCAACUUAUGUGGCAUUUAUUGACAUUGGUCACUGUGAUACACAGGUCUCUAUUGCGUCAUUUGAGGCUUGGCAAAUGAAGAUACUAUCUCAUACUUUUGACAGAAGCUUGGGAGGGAGAGACUUCGAUGAGGUCUUGUUUAAUCAUUUUGCUGAUCAGUUCAAGGAGCAGUACAGAAUUGAUGUGUACUCUAAUGUCAAGGCAAGUAUCAGGCUACGGGCAGCAUGUGAGAAGCUGAAGAAAGUGUUGAGUGCGAAUGCGGAGGCACCUCUUAAUAUUGAGUGCUUAAUGGAUGAAAAAGAUGUCAGGGGAUUUAUUCAAAGGGGAGACUUUGAGAUGCUGGCUUCAGGUUUGUUGGAGAGGAUUGGUGUUCCUUGUAGCAAGGCUCUAGCUGAUGCAGGUUUGACUGCUGAUAUGAUUCAUUCUGUGGAGCUUGUCGGGUCAGGGUCUAGGAUUCCAGCGGUUGCUAGAAUAUUAGCUUCUGUGUUCGGGAAAGAACCCGGCCGGACGCUGAAUGCGAGUGAGUGUGUAGCACGUGGAUGUGCUCUUCAAUGUGCAAUGCUCAGUCCUGUUUUUCGAGUCGGAGAAUAUGAGGUUCAAGACUCAAUUCCUUUCUCAAUAGCACUCUUAGUAGAUGAAGCUCCAAUUUGCACAGGGACAAGUGACAUCCUGUUUCCAAAAUGCCAACCCAUUCCAAGUGUUAAAGUACUGACGUUUCAACGAAGCAGUUUAUUUCAUUUGAAAGCAUUCUAUGAUAAUCCCAGUGAAGUGCCUGCUGGCGCUUCUCCUGACAUUUGUUGUUUUACGAUUGGCCCUUUCCAAUGCUCCCAUGGCGAAAGAACAAUGGUUAAAGUUAAAUUUGUGUUAGAUCUCCACGGUGUUGUCUCUGUUGAAUCAGCUAUGGUGAUGGAAGAUCACGGAGAUGACUCUUCUACAAGGGGUCUUGCCGGUUCAACAAUGGAACCAAUGGACAUUGAUUGUGUAACUGCUUCUGGUUAUACUGGGGCAGUUGCAGAUGGAUUUGAAGAAAGCAGUACGCAGCACAACUCUUCACAUACUGGUGGUGAGGCUAAAAGAAACAAAAAAGCCACCAGGAGGCUAGAGAUACCUGUUAGUGAAAGUAUAUAUGGUGGAAUGACCAAGGCUGAACUUUCAGAAGCUCAAGAAAAAGAACUCCAGUUAGCUCAAUGGGACAGAAUUAUGGAACAAAUCAAAGACAAAAAGAAUGCGUUGGAGUCUUAUGUCUAUGAGAUGCAAACUAAGCUUCUCAACACAUAUCAAAGCUUUGCAAGUGAUCAAGAGAGGGAGGGCAUCUCCAGGAGCCUGCAGCAGACAGAGGAAUGGCUUUAUGAUGAUGGAGAAGAUGAAACAGAAGAUGCUUAUACUUCAAAGCUGGAAGAUCUUCAGAAGCUGGUAGAUCCAAUUGAGAACCGAUAUAAACAAGAGGAAGCAAGAUUGCAAGCUACAAGAGAUCUAUUAAAGUGCAUUGGGGAUUACCGGAUGGCUGUGAAAUCAAUUGUUAAUGAGUGCAAUAAAGUGGAGCAGUGGCUUAGGAAGAAAAACCAACAACAAGACUCGUUGCCAAAGAAUGUUGACCCAAUCUUAUGGUCAAAUGACAUUAAGAGCAGGAGUGAGGAAUUGAACUCGAGAUGCAACCAUUUAUUCAGAUCCAGGGCUUCUAUCAUUUGAGCAAACUGAUGAGGUCUCAUGAAGUUAGUAAUACGCAGCAUAUAUUGCCCAAGCGCUUGAAACGGUCAUUUGAACACUUUGUUGGUAACAUAAUCCAUGGUUUUUGCUAGUCCUGAGUCCUGACCGUGUUUGCGAGUGCUUUUUGUUUUAGAGCAUCAAAUGUUGUAUAAGAGGUUUUCUUCAGGGACUGUUUUCCUGUUAUUUUUGUGGGUUUUAUUUUUUAGGGAAAGCAAGUAUUCCGAAAGCAAGAGCAGAAAUAUUGUCUCCCUUGUACCCGAUGAAUUGCUUUGUUAUGUGCAUUUGUCAUGCAGCAAAUAGACUUCUUGUACCUUCA